AUGAUCCAGCUAAAGCGAUUUCAAGAAACGACGAUUUUAAAUUCGAUUGCAACCACGGGAUAUCCCGUCUGGAAAACUCCGUUUCCUACCGUUAUCAUUUGCAACAACAACAUCGUUUACAAAACGAAUUCUGAAAGAGUAAAAAAAUUAAUCCUUUCAAAAGGAUUUCCCGAAGAAGAUAUCGAUGCAUUCUUUGAACAUCUCGCCGCUUUGGUCGUUUGUCAUGAUUGCGACGAUAACAAAAGCCUGUAUAACAAUUCAAUGGAUGUUAAGAUAUUUUCAGCUUUGGAGGAUUUUAAUUAUGACAUCAAUGAAUUAAUGAUGGAGUUGGCUCACCCAUGUGGCCGAAUGAUAAAAAAAUGUUAUUGGAAAUCGGACCUGAAAAACUGCGAUAGAUUAUUUAAAUCUAUUAAAACCAGUUUAGGUUAUUGCUGCGCAUUCAAUUAUUUUGCUACCGUUGAUGUUCAAUAUGAAAAUUACGAGAAGCAAUUGCAGUAUAGUGGCGGAUUCGGCUUGGGUUCUGGUUUGCAAGUUGUUGUUAAUGUUGAACCAUCUGAAUACGUUUCUUCUGUUAAAACAGCGACCGGAGUAGAAAUUCUAGUAGGUGGUGUCUAUCAAUUCGCAGAGAUGGGGCUUUAUUCCCAUUCUUUGAAUAACGGACAAGUACUGAACAUAGGUCUAUAUCCCACCAUUUAUGGAUCCCACGAAGAUUUAAAAUAUAUCAAUGACGAAAGUAGAGGAUGUUGGUUUCCCAAUGAGGGAUCUGGUAGAUGGUCAAAAACUUAUAACAGUUUGACUUGUUUCAACGAAUGCAAAGCUACAUUUAUUUAUGAAAUAUGCGGUUGCGUUCCAUUUUAUUAUUCCUUCUCAGGUAUCAGAAAAGUUUGUACGGUGCGUGACACUACUUGUAUUUUAAACAAUGAAAGUUUGUUCGCUCAAAUAAUGAUGACUAACGAUCCAAAAGAAGAUUCCGAAUUUUUAGACCACCACCAAAUUACUUAUUCUAAGCUUUGUUAUUGUUUACCGGGAUGUGAAGACACCAGUUACGACAUUUAUAAAAAUACAAAAGAAGUGGCCCACCUAACAAAUACUUGCACCGUAAAUGUACAUUUUACAGCAAUAACUGGCACUUAUAUGAUCAGAACUGUUCAUGUCACCUGGGACACGUUAUUGGCAACAAUUGGUGGAAUAUUUGGUUUAUGUAUGGGCGGCUCAAUUAUUAGUAUAGUUGAGUUGAUUUUCUUAUUCUUUAACACCUGCUUCAAAAUGAAAAAUCAAAGAGACAAGAACAGAAGAUUUGAUAAUAAAAUCAGAAAUAUUAAAAUUAUUAGUAGACCUUAUCCAGUUGGUGAUGUCAAAGAAUUUAUUCAAUGAAUUUAUUAAUGAUUAAAAGUUGU